CCGAGUUUUUCCGUUCAAAUUUUCUCCUCGCAAGUUUUUCCCUCGAAAUGGUUAAUAGUUGACCGAGUCGCGUGGGUCGAUCUACUCUCGCUCGGAGAAGUCACAGUCAGCUCAGUGAUCGCAUGGUGAAAUCGAAUAAUUAUCUCGCGCGACAAACAAUCGGCUGCCGAUCUACAGUGACCGAGUGUCAACCGAGUGAUAGGAUACCGCGCGAAGGAGCCGAAUCUACGUACCAACGAAAAUGUUUGUGACGUUAUUGAGAAGACGGUGGUGGAUGACAGUGAGAAAUCAGCUGAUCGUUUAGGGGCGCCACGCUCUUGUGUCCCGCGCGCGCUUUCUAUCCAUCUCCUCUUCCUCCUCGCAUAUACACGGCAGCAACCACGCGGUCCGCCGCCAGUCUUUCGUUUUCCCGCCAACGAAACCUCCCUCCAAGUAUUCGCGCGUUUUCCUCAUCGAAUCAGUGCAGCACGGUUACGCUUUUCGUCGUCUCUGCAGCUCCUCGUCGUCGAUACCUCGUCGUUCUACCCUGUAUCAGUGCGAGAAAUAGUGCGAGAAGGAUCGGCCCUGCAGCAAAUGAAGCAAUUGCCCCGCCACUUUUCCAACAUGUAACGCGAUCCAUUUGUCAUCGGAAUCCAGUGUUAUGUGUCUUCUGUUUUUCUUAUCGUCGUGGCCAAUUUCGCGCGAGAAAUGCACCCUACACUUAGUUACCAGUCUUAGGUGUAACGUCGUCCACCGUGAAAAACGUGAAAAAAGAUCGAUCGGUCGGUAAAUAGAUCUCGUCCUGCAGUAUCGAUACUGCCACCGGCACAUCGAAACAAUCACGCGUGUCUGGUUCGAGCGACAGAAAGGAGUACGACGCCGUUCAACAUAGUGUCGAAAGGGAGAUAUUGUUGGCGAGACGUGCGUGGCCGCGUGCGUGCAUGGAAGAGAAAAACGAGGGCAGAACCUCGAGGUACAAAAGAAGACGAGACGGAGCAAGGUGGCUCCGCUAACGGCACGAGCGGCGGUCAGAAAAUGUCGAGCGCCGCGAACAGUCCUGAUGGGAUAGCUAUGCAGUCGCACUAUUCCUUACGAUGGAACAAUCAUCAGACGCACAUACUUCAGUCCUUCGAGGCGUUACUACACGCAGAAAUACUUGUCGACGUGACCCUGGUCUGCGCCGAGACCAGCCUCAGGGCGCAUAAGGUUGUGCUUAGUGCCUGCAGCCCAUUCUUCGAAAGGAUAUUUUCCGAGCACCCCUGCAAACAUCCGGUGAUCGUACUAAAGGACUUUCCCGGUCACGAAGUAGCGGCACUGAUCGACUUUAUGUACCGUGGCGAGGUGAGGGUCGGUCGCGAGGAACUCGCAGGACUGAUGAGAGCCGCGGAGAGUCUACAAGUGCGUGGAUUAGCUUCGUCGGAACCGAGGCUGACAUCACCGCCGGAAACGCCGACCGCCGAUCUGCUGCUUGGAGAGCCGCCGACACCCGAGGGCGCGAGACAGGAAACUCCAGAGGAGGAUGACAACAUUUCGGAAAGCAUGGCGCCGCCGUCCACCCGAGAGCCGGUGCCGGCAGCGACACCCGCCAUUUUUCACCCUAGCAGGGACCACCGCGAUAGGUUGCCGCACAUGGGCCAUCUGAACUUCGGGAUACGCGAGCCGCGAGAGAGUUGUGGAUCGCCGCUGUUACCUCGACGAAAACAGGCUCGGCCGCGAAGAAGAUCCAGCGAAUUGGUGCCGCAGGAUCUCAGUCGACCUCAUCCACCGUCGAGUCUUAGCCCGUUAGCGAGCGGAUUUAACUUCUCCAGCGUUAAUCAACAAUCGCAACACCACCAACACCAACAGCCCUUGAACUCGAGCAUGCAGAACCACCUACAACAGGAGGAUAUGGCGGAGAAUCUUUCGAUGAAGAGAUCGUUGUCGCCCAACGGAGCCGACCAUCACAACAUAAAAGCGGAGAGCAGCGAAGCGGCCAGUAGUCCGAGGGGAUCUCCUUUAACCGGCACGAGUCUGCUGCAUCCUGACGGUUCCAUCCAAGAUAUUCCGUCUGCUGCGGCAGCAGCGGCGGCCGCUGCCGCCGCGGCGGGCUUACCGACGAUGUCGGCCUUGUCGCUGACAUCGCCGCAUCAUCAAAGCGAGUACCUGACGAGUCUGGGUCAGUUAGCGGCCCAGUGGUUACCGAAUCAUCCGCAGACCCAAUUGCCGCCUCCACCUCAGGGUCAUCAUCCGCGGGAUGGCAGUCCACACGGCACUAAUCGGACGCAUUCGUAUCAACAACAACAACAGCAGCAACAUCAGCAGCAGCAACAACAACAACAACAGCAGCAGCAACAAGAAUCUCCGUUGACACCACGACGAAGUUCCGUCACGGCUAUGUUCCCGCUGGAUGGUGUCGCGUCUCUAGGUGGUGGACUGUUUCCGCACGCGGCUGCUCUCGACAGAGGAUCCCUUUUGGCGGAUCUUCACGAUAGCUUUAAACCGGAAACGUUGCACGGACUUUUUGGCGCAGCGGGUCUGAGCGGCCAUCAUUCGGGAAAAAAGCCAAAGAAACACAGGGGCGACAGUGACGCGGCGCGCAGAUGGCCAGACCCUAGCGGUCGAGGACUACCGAUAGGAAGGCCGAAAGGUCAGCACAGCGCACCCAGAGGCGGACCGCCACGGUCUUGGACGAACGCGGAGCUGACCGAGGCGUUGCAGCACGUUUGGAAUAAGAAGAUGACCACGUCGCAAGCAAGCAGAAUCUUCGGUAUACCGUACAACAGUCUAUUGAUGUACGUGCGAGGUAAAUACGGAAAAAGCUUGAAACUCGAACAAUUGAGAAGGGACUGCACGGGCUCGACAACUAGCGAAGUAGUAAUAAAUUCAUUAAACAACAAUGUUAAGGCCGUCCAGCCGCCGACGCAGAUGGCACAUCCGCUCGCCGGUCUACCACCGCACCCGGGCGACGACGGUGUAUUUCCUCAUCAUUCGUUGCUCAGCGCUAAUCUACCACAGGGUUUCUUUCCUGAUUUUGCAGCCGCCGCGUUCCCCGUUCCGGUUAGUAUGGUGCACUUACUUCCGCCAAGUGAACAAAAGGCCUUCGAACCGGCAGCGAAUCCCGCUGGUACGAGUGGGUGCGGGAACGGGAGCGGGAGCGCAAGCGGGAAUGGUAACGGCAACGCAAGCGGGAGUGCAAGCGCCAGCGCAAGCAGCAGCGCAAACGGAAACGGGAGCGGGGGUGGCGGUGGAGGCAACGGUAACACAGGCGGCGAUCUUAAUACUUCGAUCGCUAGCAGUCGAUCGCCAUCGCCGGUUGAUCAUAAUCGCCAUCAUCAUCAUCAUCUUCGUCAUCAUCAUUCCGAUUCGCUGCAGCCGCAACCGCCACAGUCGGCACCCACGCUACUUCAACAAAAUGGUUCGGAUUAGAAAAGAGAACGUUUUACGCGUAAUAUCGUAGCGCGGUCACACGCCGAUCGUCGUCUUCGUCGAAGGACCACGGACGCGUACACGUCCGAUUCAAACCGACCAUCCCUUUUAACGAUUUCUCGACACAUGCACACGUCAGACACGUCGAUACUUACAUAUAAACGAGCAGAACGAUAGGCCGCGUACCCCCGAUAUUCCCGCGAAAUUCUUCUCUUCUCGCAAGACUGACUACCACGCCGGGUUUAUAGCUGCCGGGGUGUAAGCUCGACGGACGUUCCACCUUACAAGGUCCACGCUUAUGACCCACCACCGCCCGUUCUUCUCAUUUUCUCCAUCUUUCUCUUCCGAUUUUCUUUCUCCGUCUUUCUCCGUCUUUCUCCGUCUUUCUCCGUCAUACUCCGUCAUACUCCGUUGACAAAAAUAUCAACGUUCAACUCCCUUUGUCCGUCGAUCGCGAAACGCCCGAAACUCGGUCGAGUGCGCCGACUAAAUUCUCUCGUAUCUUCUUCUUAGCUAAAUUAGCGACUCGUCCAGAGACAGCUCGAAAGAAGAAGAGUCAUCGACGGUGUCUUUUAUGGUGCUCGUUCCCCCGUUACGCGCUUGCUACGCGUCCUGACCAAAAAAUCUUCUACCCUUCGGUCGAUAAGAAACGCAACAAGGUGCUUGGAAAUGGAGACUUUGGCUGGUGGGCGAGACACACGACUCUCCUCGUAUCGUCGCUAUAAAUAGUUCCUGUUACAACAGCGAUCAUACCAAAUAAUAGUACUGUAAAACGGCUAAAGCAAAUGCAACGGCCGCCCUACGUGAAAUAGGAAAAAUCGUCGAAGAAUACUCCGUAUACUUGGCUGUUUCGACUUGCAGACUUCUCGUUGAGAAAGUGACGUACGCCAGUAAAAGAGAAAAAGAGUGAAACGGAGAGAGGGAGAGACGCACACGCGCUUACUUACUAUAAUACUUUGGAAACAUCCUGGUGGCCUGUGAUGUACACGAGUUAAGGUUUACAAGACUCGAACGAUAGUUUAAUACGCGGAUCGUUAACAUACCUGUUGCAAUUCGCGCUCGGAGGCAGCAAGCUGACGCGUUGAACGAUCGUUACUCGUUUGACAAUCAUACGCAAUAAUCCGAAACAUUGUCUUUUAAUUUUACGCCAAUCUCUAUUUUUCCGACGUAGUUGUAUAUCUCUUUUUAUCCGAAUCGACUCUAGCCACUCGACUUAUUAUCGGCCAUGCUUCCACGAUUAAAACGAAAUCAACCGACCAAUCACUUAAUACCUCGUAUCUCUGGAUCGUCUUGCUGCCGCCGUUGAAGCGCGUCGAAACGAGCUUCCAAUUGAUUACCAUUAUUUUACGCUACCUGCCCGAUGUUAACCGCGAAUAUAGUUCAGUUUGAUAUAACGAUAUUCGUUACGGAUAAACGUCACUUUCGUGCGAGCCGUUUGCGUCGGUCCUCGAUAGGGUUUCGAAAGCGAUAAAGAAACGUUCGCGACCACCGGAAUUAUGUGCAUUCGUAAAAUCACGUUACGAUCGCCAGAGUCUAGGGUGGAACGGGGUUUACGUAAUAAUCACGCGCAGGGUGGUGCGAGGUUGCCAAGAUUCUCUCUUUUUUCUCUUGCCACGCAAGAAGUAUCGCGGCCACGAGUUGUCCUAGUACACGCGCUACUCCCGCCAACAGCUGCGAUAUCCUCUACGGACAGACGUCUGCACAUUGAUCUGUAAAUACGUAACUGUACCCUCGAUCGUUAGCGACGCUUCGUUCACUUUUUUUCGCUUUGUUUUGUCGCGAUAAUUCUUCUUCAAAUCGAGAUUUCCCGACUCGAGAGAAACAACGCGCCACCUAAAGCACGCGGAUAUACACUCGAUGACCGGCCGAAUCGCCGGAAAGCUCGGCAAGUUAGCCAGAGGAAAAGACGAAGCCGCGCGUGUCCGUUCGAUCGUAAAUCUUGGUGAGCUCCUGGAAACGCGAACCUUGUUCGGCCAGUGCGAAACAAGGGGUGGAACGAACGAGUGGAAACGAGCAAAUGCAAAGAAACGAGAAACAAGGAAAGAGGAACAAAAUUCGUAUUCGAAGCAUGGAACAAACGACGAAAUUUUAAUCGUAGACCACAAUUUCGCAACAAUAUUUCGACAACCAGACGGAAGCGCAGGGUAACUAACACAUCAGGGAUAGCCACAGACAAAUCUACGAUAGAUAAAGAGAAAAAAAAGCUAACGUAUUAAACUGUAAAAGUAAUGAUAACGAAGAAACAAACAAAAAUUAACGUAAAGCUAUAAUACAUUUACGAUGAUUAUUUCGUUAAUGAAUCUUAAGAAAAUGAGAAAAAAAAGUAAAAAAAAAAAAAAAAUAGAUACGCAAAGAGAGGUGAGGAAACGGCAAGAAUAAAGAUGGUUAAUUCCGUUACGUGACACCUUGCUACACUUAGCGAGAGCGAGAUUAAAUAUAUUAUUAAAGAAUAACUUGUAAGUAUAAUGUAACGAUGGGAGAAAGCGUAUGGGUUCAACAAGGAGGUUAAGCAAAGAUAUUAAAGAAACCACAGGCUUUCAGCCCCGAAAUAGCCUGUACGAUACAAACUGAUAUUAUUAUUGAUUAUUAAUAUUAUAUAUACAUAUAUAUACACACACACAUAUAUAUAUUAUAUGUUAUAUAUUAUAUAUAUUAUAUAUGCAUAUACAUAUAUAUUAUAUAUACAUAUACAUAUAUAUCACGUAUAUAUGUAUAUAUAUAUACAUAUACAUAUAUAUACAGGGUGUUUCGAAAGAGUUUAUAACUGCUUCGACGGGUUAUACCGUGAGUUCAGCCUCCUCGUACAAUUGUAUUUUAUAGAAGUAACAAUAAUCACGAUAUUUUACCUUUUUAUUUAUGAAUAGUUAACAAUGGUAUGCCUAAAAGUUCGUAUUACGAUUUUUACUUUUACGCGUGUUUUAUCGAGGCCGUUUCUCAUGCUAGCAACGAACCAACAGAUAUCGUUAAAGUUACUCGGAUGAUUUACAUACGUAGAAAUUGGGCUGAUUACAGUUUAUCCUUAACGACUUUACCGGUAUCAAUGACGCGUAAAAAAGGGGUGAAAAGGCGGAGACAUACGAAGCGGUAUGACCACGUGGAAACUGGUUUUAACAAUUUUUUAUCCACUCUGUUAACGAGAAGAAGUGCGAGUAAGCCAAUGAAAUGCUAGCGAGAUAUCUAGGGAAUGAGUGCGAAAGCGAGAUGAAACAGCGAAGCAGAGAAGACAGAGGAUCUCUUCUCUGGGUCGCGAGUUGUAAGUGCGUAUAACGAUUAAAAGAGAAAGCAACAAGAAAGAAAGAAGAGGAAAGAAAAAAAAAAUCGGAAGAAAAAUGUGUGCGGCUGAUCGUGCGCGUGAUUAUUAGAGCGAUUGUGAAAAGAAAAAGUACGGACAUAGAAAUAUGUGAUAGGCACCAUGUGCACACUUCAGUAUUAUUUUACAGUUAAACGAGGGAAAAGAUCGUAAACACACGAAUUCCAUACGUUGUUGUCGGAUACUCUUCGAGCAAAGCUUACGGCUGUUUCGUUGUUCGUAUGCCUUUCAGGUAAAUUCGAACGGGUUCCGACCCGCUCCUGAUCGCGAAACAUAUUCCAUCGUGUCCCGAGCCCCAUACACAUAGAGCCGAGAUCGGCCACGGACGAUUCGCGAGUAACUUAUUUUGGGCAAAAGAAAACGUAACGAUCGGACAAGCGAAAAACGUGCAAGAUAUACGCGAAAGACGAUCAUCUCUGACAACGAGAAGUACGGUAGCGCGCGCGAAAGAGAGAGAAAGAGAGACUCGGAAGCUGCAUAAGAGGGACAUACGCGUUCAUACAGGCGGAUAUACGGACAUGUCUCGGGCUCACGACUCGCAUAUUCACACGUAUUCACACACGCGCGCGCUCACUCACUUGCUCGCUCACUCACUAACUCGCUCACUUACACAUCACACAUACGUACACACACAUACGUGCGCGCGCGUACGCGUACUCGCGUGAACGGUAUCGAGAAAAAUUGUCACAUUGUCACAUUGUCGCAUAGGGCGUAAGUAGAGAGGUGAAA